AUAGGGUUUUGCUUUUGGAAAUCUUUGAAGUCCGGAACCCUUCGAAGAAGAGGCUUCCUUGCUCAUCGUCGCUUUAGAUUCGGCCAAAUUUUUCACACCAUGGUUGAAACAAGCGUAGCACCGGAGAAAACUGUGAGUUAUGCGAACCAAUACAUCGCUGAUGUGAAGGAAGCAUUAAAAGACGAACCUGAAAAACGUAACGAGUUUUUCCAGAUACUUGACUAUGUCAGAACUCAUAGUGAUGAUAAAGCUAUUUGCGUUGCAAGGAUGGAGGAACUCAUCAAAGAUCACCCGAAUCUGCAUCUUGGUGUCUUCCGUACUCCCGAGCCUGAGAGGCUCGUCCCUCUCGAGCCUCCUCAAGCCAUUCUUCCCGAGGCUAAGAGUAUCAUUCAUCCCGAAGCUAAAGAAAGCAGAGGAAAAAUCGUUACUUUUGCUGUAAAAGAUGAGAGAAGUAUCGUCCCUCUCGAGGCUCAGCAAACCAUAGAUCCCGAGGCUAAAGAAAGCAGAGGAAAAAUCACUACUUUGGCUGUAAAAGAUGAGAGAAGCAUCACUAGUACUCCUGAUGCUAACGAAGGGUUAGGCCAAUCGCAAACCAUGGUUGGUAAAAGAGCAGCACCACAGGAGCUGCAUAAAGAUGAGGCGAAAUCAUACGUUGAUGCUGUGAAGGAAGCAUUUCGUGAUGAACGUGGGAGAUAUGAUGAGUUUCUAGAGAUCUGUAACGAUUUUUUUUCCGAGAGAUUUGAUCGCACGAGUACCAUUGCAAGGAUGAAGGAGCUCAUGAAAGAUCACCAGGAGCUGCUUCUUGGAUUCAGUUUCUUGUUUUCAGACGAUGAGUCUAAGAUCACCACCAUCCCUCCCGAGCCUAGUAGAACCAUCCCUCCCGAGCCUAGUAGAACCAUCCCACCCGAGCCUAAGAGAACCAUCCCACCCGAGCCUAGAAGAAUCAGCCCUCCCGAGGCUAAGAGGACAACCAUUAUUCUCAAGCCUAGGAGAAACAUCCCUACUGAUGCUGCUGAACAUCAUUGUGCUGAGUCUAAGUACUGUACCAAAAGAAAACAUGAUGGGACGAGUUUUAUGGACAAGCUCAAGACAAGGUUUCGGAGCCUUGAUACUCAUGUCGUUGAGUCAUUUGUUGAGAUAAUGAACGAGUUUGAAGAGGGAACGAUGUCGAUACAGAAUGUGUUCGGGGAGGUCCUUGAUCUUCUCUAUUAUCAUGAAGACUUGCUCGAGGACUUUCCCGGAUACUUCAAACGAACAAAACUUUCGACGAAUAGCAUCAACAUGUCUACUAGAUACUUGAGUCACUUAACUAUUUCAAUAUUUCUUCUGACAAGCACAUCUGCACAUGAAUCAAUUACGUUAUCAUUGAGAAUGAAGCUGAGGUGUUGCAUCCACAAUAGGAAAUCGGAGAUGGCGUUGUCACGACUUUCUCUCCGAUCUAACAGUUUCCUGAAACCGGCGGCUACGGCCUUACCUACCGCCAUCCGCCGCCAUGUUUCCACAGAUACAUCGCCGAUCACAAUCGAAACCGCCGUCCCUUUCACUGCGCAUCUAUGCGACGCGCCGUCACGCUCCGUGGAGACCUCAUCGGAGGAGAUCCUCUCGUUUUUCCGCGACAUGGCUCGGAUGCGGAGGAUGGAGAUCGCCGCGGAUUCCCUCUACAAGGCGAAGCUGAUCCGCGGGUUCUGCCACCUGUACGACGGCCAGGAGGCUUUAGCCGUCGGGAUGGAGGCGGCGAUUACCAGGAAGGACGCGAUCAUCACGUCGUACCGAGAUCACUGCACGUUCUUGGGCCGUGGUGGAGAGCUCGUGGACGCGUUCUCGGAGCUCAUGGGGAGGAAAAGGGGAUGCUCUAAUGGUAAAGGAGGAUCUAUGCAUUUCUACAAGAAGGACGCUUCGUUCUACGGUGGGCAUGGGAUCGUCGGAGCUCAGAUUCCGUUGGGGUGUGGUUUGGCUUUCGCUCAGAAGUAUUCGAAAGAAGAGAAUGUGACUUUCACACUGUAUGGUGAUGGUGCUGCGAAUCAGGGUCAGUUGUUUGAGGCCUUGAAUAUUGCGGCGCUUUGGGAUUUGCCUGCGAUUCUUGUUUGCGAGAAUAACCAUUAUGGAAUGGGAACGGCUACAUGGAGGUCUGCUAAGUCUCCUGCCUAUUUCAAGCGUGGAGACUAUGUUCCUGGCUUGAAGGUGGAUGGUAUGGAUGCAUUGGCUGUGAAACAGGCAUGCAAGUUCGCCAAGGAGCAUGCGCUCAAGAAUGGACCUAUUAUCCUUGAGAUGGACACCUACAGAUACCACGGUCACUCUAUGUCUGAUCCAGGAAGCACCUACCGUACACGUGACGAAAUCUCCGGCGUCAGACAGGUGCGAGACCCAAUUGAAAGGGUGCGAAAGUUGCUCCUGACUCAUGACAUAGCUACAGAGAAAGAGCUUAAGGACAUGGAGAAAGAGGUGAGGAAAGAAGUAGAUGACGCCGUAGCUCAGGCAAAGGAGAGCCCUGUACCAGAACCAUCUGAGCUAUUCACAAACAUGUAUGUGAAAGACUGUGGAGUCGAGUCAUUUGGAGCGGACAGAAAAGAACUCAAAGUAACACUUCCAUAAAUCUUUGCUCUGCAGUAUCUUAUGGUUGAAUAAAUAAAAAAAAGCAAGGCCACUCAAAGUUUUUUUGUAUCUUGCUACCAAAAUAUUUCUAGUUUUCAUUCUCAUUUCAAGAGUAAAGCCAUUGCUUGAGUUUGCCAUCUUAAUUCCACUUUUAAUACACACUUUAACAUUGUUAUUAAUACCAGGUACCUUUUUUAAUUAUUUCAAGAUUCAAGGAUAUAUCAGGAAAAUCGAUAAAAGAAAACUGAUAUUUUUCGUA